AUGGCAGCGUUCGAGAACUUUGAUAAUAUCUUCCUGGACUUAUCCAAAGAGUCUGGAAAGUGCCGAUUCGCAGAAAAUGGUCUCGGUUGGAAGCCUUCCGCAGGCGGCAACACCUUCACCCUCGACCGCAGUGAUAUCGCCAGUGCGCAAUGGAGCCGUGCCGCCAAAGGCUACGAAGUCAAGAUUCUUAAGAGGUCCUCCGAGCUUGUUCAUCUUGAUGGCUUCCAACAAGAGGAUCUAGAGCGUCUGAGCAAAAUAUUUAAGAAUUGGUACAGCAUAAACUUGGACCCCAAGGAACAUGCGUUGCGAGGCUGGAAUUGGGGCAAGACUGAAUUUAGCAAGGCCGAGCUUGUCUUCAACGUUCAGAACAAGCCUUCCUUCGAAAUCCCCUACUCCGAAAUCUCAAACACCAACCUUGCUGGCCGUAACGAGGUAUCCGUCGAAUUCGCUGCAUCGAACGAGGAUGACACAGGCACAAAUGGGCACCUGGGCGGUGCGCGAGGUCGUGGCAAGAAGUCUGGCGCAGGCAAAGACCAGCUCGUAGAGAUGCGCUUCUAUAUCCCCGGCACGACGACCCGUAAAGAGACGGAGGGAGAGGAAGCAGGAAGUGGUGCCGAAGAGGAGAAGAAUGCUGCUACCCUGUUCUACGAGACGCUUAUGGACAAGGCUGAGAUCGGUGAGACCGCAGGUGAUGCCAUCGCCACUUUCUUGGAAGUUCUACACCUUACGCCACGCGGACGGUUCGAUAUCGACAUGUAUGAAGCGUCAUUUCGCCUCCGCGGCAAGACGUACGACUAUAAGAUCCAGUAUGAGGCUAUCAAGAAGUUCAUGGUGCUUCCGAAGCCUGACGACCUACACUUUAUGCUGUGUAUCGGUUUAGAUCCACCUCUCCGCCAAGGACAGACGAGGUACCCGUUCAUAGUCAUGCAGGCCAAGAAGGAUGAGGAGGUUACUAUUGAUCUUAACCUCACUGAGGAGCAGCUGAAUGAGCAGUACAAGGAUCGCCUACAACCCCACUACGAGCAGCCGCUACACCAAGUUAUCACCUACAUCUUCAAGGGCCUCGCCAAUAAGAAGAUCACCUCUCCGGCCAAGGAUUUCAUGACACACAGGAACCAGUUCGGUAUCAAGUGCUCAAUCAAGGCGGCGGAAGGAUUCCUGUACUGCCUCGAGAAAGCAUUUAUGUUCGUACCGAAACCCGCUACUUAUGUGUCAUACGACCAAACGUCCUCUAUCGUCUUCUCCCGUGUUAGCGGCGCGGUCUCCGCAUUAUCGACCUUCGAUAUUGCGGUUCACAUGAAGAGCGGCGGAGCGCCACAUCAGUUCAGUAAUAUUAAUAGAGAAGAUCUGAAGGCACUCGAAGGGUUCUUUAAACUCAAGGGCCUGCGAGUGAAGAAUGAGAUUGACGAGGAUGCCAAUUUACUUGCCGCGGCUCUUCGCGAGGAAGCGAUGGAUGAGUCUGAAGAGGAAGUGGUCGGUCCUCGGGCGGACCGUGGUUCCGCUGACGAAGACGAGGAAAGUGUGGAUGAGGACUUCCAAGCUGAAAGCGAAAGCGAUGUCGCCGAAGAGUACGACUCGGCUCACGAAUCCUCUGGUUCCGGAAGUGCAGAGAGCGAUGUCGAUGGUGGAGACAACGACGACGAGGAUGAGGACAUGGCAGAUGAGGAAGAGGAAGAAGAGAAGCCCAAGACGAAGAAACAGAAAACUGGAAAAUAA